GAAGUGGUGUUCAUCCGAAACCUCGUCCGUCCCUUCACUUUAUUGCAAUUGAAAGAAGUUUUGGGCAAAAAUGGAAAAUUAAAUGAAUCCCGUUUUUGGAUCGAUAGAAUCAAAUCCAAAUGUUUUGCCACUUAUGACACCGUCGAUGAAGCGGUUGCCACUCGUCUGGCACUUCACGGCACUCGUUGGCCAAACUCUAACCCAAAGCUACUGACCGUUGAUUUCGCCACAAAAGAAGAUUUGGAUUUUCAUUUGAACGGAGAAUUGAAAGUAAAUCAAGACAUUGUUGUUAAGAAAAACGACGAAAACGUGAACGAAAAGUACGAUAUUGUGAUUAAAUCGGAUGAAAAUCAGACAAAUUUGCGCGAAAAGGAUGCAAAGGCUGAGAGUCGACCCAUAAGAGAGUGGGACAGAGAGAAGUUGAUGGGCAAAGAAGAUGAAGACAACAGGCGAACGGCCGGCAAACGACGACCCGGGAGUCCGACCCCUAAAGGUGGAAGUCGUGAACGAGAUGUUAAACGCCGUAAAAAUGAUAUACGAACUGAAGAACGUGUCCGACCGGCAGACUCGACAUCAGGAGAGGCGCCCGCAGCCGAAGCCGCGCCCGAAACAGAAUCUCCGGCCAAACUGUUGGACGACUUAUUCAAGAAAACGAGUGCAACGCCCAGUAUAUACUGGUUGCCAUUGACUGAAGAACAGGUUGUGGUCAGAGAUUCUGCGAGGGCUGAAGAGGACAAGAGAAGACUCGAAGAGAAGAAUCAAAGAGAAGAACAGUUUCGUCAAAGACAAGAAGAACGACGACCUUUCGAGCCAACCGUUCCCUUCAGAAAUGAGAGAAACCAAAGGCGUUGUUUGAGAGGGCGUUACUCUGCGUUGAAACCACCAGCAGCCCCAAGCGGGGGCUUAGCCGCCAGCGGAGGGCCGGCAGUGUUGUCGGGUGGCAAGGCAGUCGCGGCUAGGGGAGGGGCAAAGAGGGCAUCACCAGUUAUGCGACGAAAACGA